AUGAUGCUGGUGAAGUGCUCCAUCCUCGUUGGGAUCCUCAUGCUGGUGAGCAGCGUCACAGGAAAGUCACACAUAUCCAAGUGCCUCUUUUACGACAAGAGGAAUUCUGAACUGAAGCAGACGUUCUAUGUACCAACAAGCGACGUGGACAUGUAUAAGGCGACCAUUCAGAAGCUGCUCACGAGAGAAAUAAAUCUCCUGGAUGAGUCCAUGAGCAGCAUGGAUCAGAGCAGUAGUAGUAGUAGUGGUCAGGGAGGAAGCAGCACCAUCUCCAAUUUUGAUGAAAUAAAAAAAAAGGAAGAAAAAAAAAAAAAUAAAGAAAUGGAAGAAAAAUUAAAGUACAUUGAAAAGUACAGAAAUUACGCCAGAAGUAUUUUAAAAAAUGUCGAAUUUAAAUGUGAAAGCGUAGAAGAUUUUGAGUCAAAAGUCAAAUGCAAUUUAUGUGUGUACACAGAAAUUGUUAAUAACAAACAUAUAAGGCAAGGACAGAUUAUUCAAAUUUUUAUGAAUGAAUGUAUGUAUGGUUUUUAUUACUACGACAAUAUUAGCAAAUACACUCAGAACAGCAAAGCGAUUAGUGCCUUUGGGGGGGACAGAAACUCACAAUCCAAGCUAGACGAUAUUUACUUCAGCAUCACCAAGGACGUCACCGAGGGAAACACCAACGAGAUAAACUUCUUCAAGCAGCCCGAGAGCAAGUACCACCCGGUGUGUUACGUGACCGAGUAG